AAAAAUAACACACCUGCAUUUCUUAAUCCACACAACGCUGGAUAUUGAUCCUGAGGACAGCUUGUAUUAAUCCCACCGGGGAGCUUUCCAGCCUCCUUUCUCCUAUCUAGUGGGCGUAUUUCUUCGGUACGGCUUCCUGGUCCGCCCUGCUUGGGACGCAUACAGCCUCCAGUAUGUCGUUAGAAAACAGGCUAUCUCCUCCUCUGUCGCGCUCCGAAACCCCUGCGCUGGGGACUGUCGGAACAGUACUCGACAAUGCCACGGCUUCUUUGCCGCUUCCAAAUCAAAAUUUCCCUGGUGAAGGUCUUGCCGGGCCAGGUCCGUCCACUACGGAAAACCAUACGAAGAAGGUCAUUAGAGAAGACGUGGAAAGACGGCAGUAUGCUAGAAUGGGUACUAUAAUGCCUGGUACAGGUGAUGGAUUAGGUAUUGGUGAAGAGUGUUUUUCCUGGACUGAUAUUCCUAAUGUGAAAAACUUCCGAUAUCAUCCUUGCGCCCUCUCGCCCACUCCCUCUCCCCAUCCUGUUUUUCCCUUCUAUCGAACAAUUCCUUAUCCUCCGCCGAUCCCACCGGUCCAUCUCUCCCUCCUUGAUCGUUCUUCAUACCUUCGCAUAUCACCCUCACUACUGACAAUCUACAAUGAUCGCGGGUUCCGUUCAUGUCGGACCAAUGUAUCUGUUCGCGAAGGUACAUGGUACUAUGAGGUCCACAUAGAUCGUGGAGACGGUGAGCAAGGCGCCCGGCGUGGAGCGGGCGGGGAAGGUGGAAACCCGCACGUCAGACUAGGUUGGGGAAGGCGAGAAGCGAAUCUCGAUACGCCGGUGGGGUGUGAUGCUUAUUCUUACGCUAUUCGUGACGUGGGAGGCGAGAAAGUACAUAUAUCUCGGCCCAAACCAUACGCCAAUAAAGGUUUCAGAACCGGGGAUAUAGUAGGAUGCCUCAUCAGCCUUCCUCGUCGCCCAUCAUUGGAGGACAAGCCGGUUUCCGAUCCUGCGCGUAUCAAGCGACAACGCCGUGCGUUCAACUACAAGAGCCAGGCGUAUUUUGAGAGUGCAGAAUACACACCUAGCAAGGAAAUGGACGCCCUCAUAGAUCGGGACGGUAAACUCGCUGCUGCAGCUAAAGUAGAAUCCCAAGCGCAAGAGAUCAACGGUGGGGAUAUGCCCAAAAAACAAAUGGGCGCUACCACUAAAAACACGAAAAAGGGCAAGAAACAACCUGAGAAGGCACAUGAACCAGUUGCUCGCAAACUCGAAAAGCUUUCAUCUUCCAGCAUAUCCUUCUUCAUCAACGGCGAGUCGUUUGGCGAGGCAUUCACGGAUCUCUAUGACUUCACGCCGCUGCCGUCACUGUAUCCGCCGGUGGGUGGGCAUGGGAAAAAACAUCAUCCAGGAGACGAGGUUCUUCAUGAUGACGGUACAUUGGGAUAUUACCCCAUGGUCUCAUGUUUUGGUCGCGCCAAAGCGACUUGCAAUUUCGGUCCCGACUUUGCUCAUCCUUUACCCGAAGGAGCCCGGCCGAUGUGCGAGCGAUACGCCGAGUUUAAGGAAGAAGAACGGUUACUAGACGAAAAAGAUGAGGUCGAAGACGCGGAGCGGUUACGCCAGAUUUUAGAAGCUGAGAAGAAGAUGCUGAGCAAGGUGAAGCCUCGGAAUCAGAAAGCAAACUCUGCCACGGCUAGCGGGGAGAAUACACCGAAACGGAAGAAGGGACCGGCGCCGAAGAGAAAGAGAGAGGGAAGGGAUGGGACGGAGAUGAGUACGCCGGGAGUGGAGAGUGUGAGGGGAUUGACGGCGACGCCUGCACCGGAGGCUCCCAUGUCGGAAGCUGGGAUAGAAUGGAGAGAAGGGACGAGGGAGAGGUCGAUGUCUGUCGCGGCGAGUCUUGGGGGCCAAGGAUGGGGCACAGUAAAGGAAGAGAUAAGUGACGAGAGGGAAGAGAAAAAGAUAAAGAAAGACAAAGAGGUUGAGGUGAAGCAGGAAAAUGGAGGAAACAGUGAGGAUGGGGAGUUUGAAGGCAUCAACUGGUAGUCACAUUCAUCAUCGAUGUAAUAAGCCCA